GUCUCCACUCCGCCCUCGGCCCCGCCUCCCAGUCUCCAGCGCGCCGAAUCCGCCGCGGCCAGUCCGCCUGCCGAGGCCCCGCCUGAGGGAGGCGUGAGUGACAGACGGAGCGCCUCCCCGCCUGCCAAGAUGGCGGCCCCGAGCAAGCAAUAUGGUCUUAUUUUCCCCAAGAAAGCGCAACAGAAAACCUUCAUCAAACAUUCAGUCUUCAUGGAUGACUCCGAUGAAGAGACAUCAGUGGGGGAGAGUCUUCAAAGAGAAGCCUUGAAAAAGCAAGCGAUGAAACAAACCAAGCUUGAGAUCCAGAGGGCACUGGCAGAAGACUCCACGGUGUAUGAAUAUGACAAUAUUUAUGAGGACAUCCAGCAGAAGAAAGCAGAAAGUCACCCUGGCUCACUUCUUGGAAAAGAGGAAAAAAAGCCCAAGUACAUCCAAAGUAUCCUCAAGGCAGCUGAGCUAAGGAAGAAGGAGCAGGAAAAAAGAAUGGAGAAGAAAAUACAGAAGGAGCGUGAAAUGGAAGGGGGUGCAUUUGAUGACAAAGAAUCUUUCGUUACGUCAGCCUACAAGAAAAAGUUGCAGGAAAGAGCUGAAGAGGAAGAAAGAGAGAAAAGGGAGGCAGCUCUCGAGGCAUGCCUGGAUGUGACCAAGCAGAAGGACCUCAGUGGGUUUUACAGGCACCUGCUGAACCAAUCAGUAGGAGAAGAGGAGGUGCCCCAGUGCAGCCUUCGGGAGGCCAGGAUAAAGGAAGAAAAACCCAGCGACUCCAGACAGACCAGCAGAAGUCCAGAAGUGAAAAGAGGGUCUCACAUCCCACUAAGGGGAGACAGUAGCCUAGAUGCAGACAGUGAGGUGGAAACAGCUAGCUCUGAUGGGGAGCACAGUGCAAAAGCUCACACAGACAGCAGAAAGGAGGCCCAGCAAAGUGAAAGUGAUCCCAGCAAGGAAGGCUCCAGGCCUUACAAGAGCCAAAGAGACUCGCGGUCAUGCAGUGAGGAGAGAGCUGGCCACUCAAAGGUGCCUGCUACUCACUCAGAGAGAGAGGAGGGAGGAGGAAGCAGGAAAGAAAGAAGAGGGCAACCCAGGGAAAGGGAUCUAGAGAGAAGACAGAGAGAUAAUGACAAGGAAGAGCACCUGAGGUCUGAGGAGCAUUACAGGAGGCAAGAAGAACGGGAGAGCAAACAGAGGAAGAAAGACAAGAAGGAGAAAGGGGAAUAUGACAGAGAAUCGAGGAAAGAGAAGCAUUUGCAUUGGCAAGAACAAGGGAAGGAAGGGUUGAUAAGCAAUAAAGACCAUGGCAAAGAUUGGGAAAGGGAAGACAGAGACAAAGGUGCCAAAAUUAGAGGGCCAAGAGAUGAGAAAGAGGAGAAGCACCUGAGGGAGAGAAAGAACAGUAGCCCCCAGUCCUUGGUAGAAGCUGACCACCAGGCUCUGGAAAAAGAAAGGGGAGGAAAGCAGCCGUCAGACUCGGAGAGAGUGUCAGAGCAGAAACAUAAGAGUGCAGCGGAGGAAACUGAGCAGGCAGAGAAACCUGUGGCCAGCCAGAACAAAUUUGCAAAGCGUAGCAAUGAGGAGACUGUCAUGUCCGCAAGGGACCGCUACUUGGCUAGGCAAAUGGCGCGUGUUGGUCCCAAAGCAUAUAUCGAAAAAGAAGAGGAUUAGUUUGUGUUUUGGAGAGAGAUUCCCAGGAGGUGGUGUGUGCUACUUUAUUGGGGAUAUUGAGGCCACUGGGUGUUGCACACAGAAGGGAGCUGAGUCCCUGGCCAUGUCUUCCUAGAAUUUCCCUGUAGAAACUGACCAAGAGCUUUCUCCCCUGGCACAUGGGGCAGACAGCUUCAUCAAGGUCUGCUCAUCCUGCCUUCCCCAUCUCCAUCCUUGUGUCUCCUGAAUGCAUUGGGCCUCUUUAUACAGGGAGCAGCCUGACCCUAGCCUAUGUGUACUUCACAGUCUUCUGGUGAGAAAUGCAAAUGCAGCCAUUGGCAACAGAAAUCUUAACUGGAUACUUUCUGAAUGCAGCUCCACCCAUGCAUACCGAGUUUGUUCCACGAUAGAUAUAAAACGCUCAAUGGUUUUAUUUUGAGGGGGUGGAAGCUCCUGCUGUACAGAAAGACUGAAAUAAAAAGAAAGCGAGGUGUCUUAGAUCUACUUUUGUGGAUUCACUUCUGCCCAUCAAGCGUCACAGAUUACCACCAUUGUGUAGAAAAGUGCAAGUGCUUCCAGCUGCAGGUUUCGAAGGAGAAGUUUCUCAUGCACAUCCUGUUGCACAGAAAAUGUUUGGAUCAAGCCCUAGGGAUUAGAGAUGCCAAGGAUUGAUACAGCUACCAUUAAAAAUGCUCCAUCUUCUAACUAGGCAAGUAAGAAAGCUUACAUAGUUUCACAAUACCUUUUGAAGUACAAUUCCUUCUCUUUUCCAGCAUGUUUGUUAGCAGCAAAAUUCAAAUGUUGAACACAAAUAUAUUUAGACUCCCAUUUUCCCCUUACUGUCCUGUGUUUGGAUUAAGAAAAUUGAUGUGUGGGGUUUAUAGGCUCAUGGGGGAGGCCUACAUUGUGUUUGCUGGUUGUUUUUUUUUUCAGGACUAUAAACUUACGUUUCAAUGUGGCACUA